AAAAACCUAAGUUCUUAUUAACACAGCCGCAGCCGUGAGAAUGAGGGAGAAGGAGAAGAAUAGCCGCAGUCCAAGUCUUGGACUUAGGUUUUGUAGCUCUUGCUCUGGGCCACCAUUAUCACAGGUGCUCGACAAAAUGUCACAAUGGCAUUGCAAAGAUGAGAUUUGUCAUCUCAGUUCUGUUAUUUCUUGUGUUCAUUUUAUUUGGAGAUCAUUUUGCUUGUUUGUAGUUCCUUUUGUACUCUAUUCAACCAGACAAGUUUUAUUAAUUGCUCUUGCACAAAUUAAGAGGAUAGGUAAUAUAAUGAUCUAAAUGGAAGCACACAUUUACACUGAAAUUGAUAAAAAGUUCAAUUGAUCAGUUUGCUUGUAGACAUUGGAUUGGAUGAGAAACAUUUUUCUUUUCAUCACUUCACACUGAAUUUGAUAAAAGAUCAUGCAGACUUCUUGGGAAGCCCAAUAAUUUUGAAAAGAUAAACUUUUAUCUAUACGAUUAUAUUACAUGUACACAUUGAACAUACAAGAAGAGUCCAAUGAAUGCAUAUGUGUUGAUAAAUGCCUCACAAAUUGGAAAACAAUCUAGAUUAUGCAGGUAGGAGAUAUGCUUGAAAAUGGAAAGAUAUUAGUCAAGGAUCAUUCAUUAUGCAAACAAUGAUAAGUUCAUAUUAAGAGACCAACUUAAGGAGUCGAUGUUGUUUUGUGCAAUUUUUUUCUAUUUUAAAGGGCAAUGAUAAUAUAGCACGUCUUCACUAGUACCAAUUGUGAAAUUUUUAUCUUUUAUUGUUUCUUCUUUCCUGAAAUAGAAGUAUUAAAAGGAAUACCAAAAUCUGUGAGAGAAUAGAAUACAUAUAUGCUUUAAAUCUCAACUUCUUGACCUGAAUAUGUUUUCCUAAUUUUUCCCCAUUGCUGUAGCUCCUUGAUAAAGCUAUUUCAGAUGUUAAGCUACUUCAGUCAUUUGAUCUAUGUAGUGGUUUCACUAUGUGGGACUAUUGCAAACUUUCUUGGAGUGUUGAGAUGCCGUUAUACCCUUAUAGUGUACUGAAUGUGCUUGUUCAUCUUUAAGAACUUGUUUAACGUAAAUGUUCUCCAGUUACGAUUACAUGCUUUCUAGUUACGAUUACAUGCUCCAUUUUCUGCCUAUGCAACAGUUUGAACGACAAUUGUACUUUGUAGUUCUAAUUUAAGCUCAUUUACUUGACAAUGUUAGUCUCAU